AUGAAAGGCGUCAUCGAGAGCAUGUACAAAAUCCAUCAUGAUCUCGGCAUCUUUUCAAACACAAUUGUUUGUGCGACAUAUGAGCGAGCAGACAAUAUGCCCCUAACUCCGGACAUAAUGUACAAGGCUCUUCCCCUGGUGAUUUCGGAACAUCCUGUCUUGGCAACAAUCGUGGUGACUCAACCAUCGACGAAGAAGACGGGGAGAAAAAGGACUUGGCAGGCACGUCUGAGAAAGCUUUGUUUCAAAGACUGCGUCAGAUUUGUGGAUAUUGCGGCCGAGAAAGAGCAGUCUACUCGAUUGCUGCAGGAGGAGCAUGACACCUGGUUCAAUACCGAAGAUAAGACGAAACCGAUGUGGAGAGUUGUGGUUAAUGGCUCGAAGAUAUUAUUCAUCUUUCACCACUCAGUCUGUGAUGGCAGGUCAGGGAUGAUAUUCCACCGCAGCUUACUCGCUGCACUCAAUAAAGUGACCAGGGAGCAACAGGAGAGUGGGAAAGAGGAAGACAUACCAACUGAUUUUGAUGUGCCAAAUCAUGAGCUGAAGCCUGAGUCAAUGGCUCUUCUCCGGCUUCUCGGCAUGAGGUUCAGCCUAUUCAUUGGUAUCCUGAGCUACCUCUCCUCUCUUUUAAUCAAGGUCUUCCUACGGAAGAAUUAUACCUUCUUCAACGAUGUCAAGUUCGAAGAGGGUUUGCCCUCCACAGAAAACCCAGGACCUCUCGCUCAGCGGCCAGUCACUAAGGUUGAAAGGAUGUGCCUCAGCUCAUCACAACUCGCAGCAUCACUUAAAGCCUGCAGGGAACAUAAAACGUCAAUGACCACCCUCAUCCUAACUCUGAUUCACGCGACACUUGCAUCGGAUGUUUAUCCAACGGCAAAAAUGGGCCUAUCGUAUCUUGCAGUUGACCUACGGCGUUUCCUGCCGGCCGAGUUUUCUAACACUAUGGGCAACUAUGUGUCCAGUCAUCAGACCAAUUACUGGAUCGGCAAGUACCGCAGAGCCGGAGCUACAUCCCCAGCUAACGAUACACAAAUUGCGCUCAUAUGGCAGCUAAGUCAAAAGGCUAAAGCUGACCUUGAUUCUGCGAUGUUCACACAUCGCACACCACUUCCAGUGGCGAACGCUUUGGGAUUGACGGCUAUGGGGGAAGAUGAUGAGGCUAUCACGGCGGGAAUAUACAAUGUUUUAGAUGUCGCUGUCACGAAGACCUUUUGUGUGUCAAGCUUGGUUGAAUCAGAAAGCCAAUCAUCUGGGCCUUGGCAGCUGAAAGGUAUGGAGUUCUCUGUGGCAGCGCAGAAGGCACGGGUGGGACCCAUGUUGUAUUUUGCAAUUGGAAGCAUGAAGGAUGGCCAGUGUGUAAUCAAUGUUAGUUAUGAGGAGGGUGUGCUCCAGAGCAGAGUUGUCCGGAAAAUCCUUGAGGGGGUUGAGAGACGGCUGAUUAUAUUGCUGGAAGCUGAAAAUGCAAAUUAG